GCAUCAACACGCCGCUGCACAAGGAGCGAACACCUCCAGUAAAUCAUUGUUUUUGGCCUUUGAAUUAGUGGGACAUCAGAUUAGUAUUUGCCACCUGAGCUUCAAGCGGCCGAUUGUGUAACUGCAGCCAAUCAGCGGAGGCCCGUCGGCGUCGCGCCCACGCUCCUGGCCACGUGCGCCGCGCGCAGCAGAGGAGGACUGUUAGAGUAUUUGGGAGGUAGACUGCACCUGCCGCCGUCGGAGCUCACCAGGUCGCUUCACACCUCUUCAUCCUCGCCUAGAAAUGGCGCAUUCUGGUGCACAGAGCAGCCCUGCAACCCUGGUGCUGAUGGUCGCCUCGGCCGCCUUCGGAGGGACCCUGCAGUACGGCUACAACCUGGCCAUCAUGAACGCCCCCACCACCUUUAUUCAAACCUUCAUCAACGAGACGUUCCUGGAGCGCUGGGACGUCCAGCUGGAGAACUACCAGGUGACCCUGGUGUGGACCGUCAUCGUCUCCAUCUUCUCGCUGGGAGGUCUGAUAGGGGCUCUGAUCACGGGACCCAUGACAAUACGCUACGGAAGGAAGAACUGUCUGCUGCUGAACAACGUUUUCCUCAUGGCUGGUGCUGUCUUAGCCCUGUCCAGCAGAGCCGCCAAGUCCUUUGAGAUGAUCAUAAUGUCACGUGUCCUGGUUGGAAUAAACUCCGGAAUCAGCAUGAAUGUGCAGCCCAUGUAUUUCGGGGAAAGCGCCCCGAAGCACCUGCGAGGGGCCAUCUCCUUGUCAUCCUGUGUUUUCACCUCCUUCGGUGUAGUGCUGGGACAGGUGGUCGGACUCAGAGAGAUUUUGGGCAGCGAGCAGUGUUGGCAGUACCUCCUUGCCAGUAAUGCCGUUCCUGGCGUCAUUCAGCUGCUGACGCUGCCGUGGUUCCCAGAAAGCCCCCGAUACCUGCUCAUCGACAGGGGGGACAAGGAAGCUUGCAUCAACGCGCUGCGGCGGCUGCGUGGCUGCGAGGUCCAGACCUGCGAGCUGGACGAGAUCCUGGAGGAACGGGCUCAGGUCCAAGGCAUGAAGCCCCGGCAGCCCUGGGAGCUGUUCACCGACCGCUGCGUGCGCUGGCAGCUCAUCACCGUCAUAGUGGUGGCCAGCGCCAUGCAGCUCUGUGGCAACGACUCGAUUUACUUCUAUGCGUCGUACGUGUUUCAAGAGGCUGAAAUCCCUUACGAUAAAAUCCAGUAUGUCACCAUUGGCACGGGUGCGUGCGAGUUCACAGCCUGUAUACUGUGUAACCUGCUGAUCGAGCGAAAAGGUCGGAGGUUCAUGCUGAUGGGAGGUUUCAUCCUCAUGACCGUCUGGGCCGUCGUCUUCACAGUCGCCCUGUUGUCUGCGAGCUAUGUGUCCUGGAUGCCGUACCUGAGCAUGACCUGCAUCUUCACCUACAUCCUCAGCUUCGGCAUGGGACCAGCUGGAAUCACUGGUAUUCUGCCCACGGAGAUCUUUAAUCAGAACGAUCGACCAGCAGCCUACAUGAUCGCUGGCUCCAUGAUGUGGCUCAACCUUUUCAUUAUUGGCAUGAUCUUCCCAUUUCUAGUGAGUGGGUUGAGCCAGUUCUGCUUCGUGCCUUUCGGAUUGGUCUGCCUGCUGUCUGCACUGUACGUGGGACUGUUCCUGCCUGAGACCCAGGGAAAGUCACUGUCAGCCAUCACUAAUGAAUUCCUCAAGCUCAACUUUAAAGGCCAGGAGAAAAAGAGUCCGUUGCAGAUUGAAGCUCAGUAUCAGAAGGGGACAGUGUAUCUCUCCACAGCCUUAUAGACAGACAGACAGACAGACAGACAGACAGACAGACAGACAGACAUGGAGUUCAGUGUCACUUUACUGAAAGUGUGUAAAGUCUAUUACCACUGGUGUUGGGGAAGCUACCAACUACUUGACCCUGGAGCAACUAAGGUACAGCAAAGCUACUCCAAGUAGAAAUCUACUGUAGUUUGAUCAAUAGAAAAUAGGUCAAACAAAAACACAAUGAAUGACACUCAAGUUUAUGUAGUGCCUAAAGGUCACACAUAAGCCAAACAAAUGUUAGUUCUGUAAACAAGGUUGUCAUGUUACAGCCCUGUGUUCAGUCAGCUGGAGCCCAGGUUAGGUAACAUAGUAGCAAGCAACUCGCUGACUAGAAGUCCUUUAUAUGGUGUGGUAUCUAUGGUCAUUUAAAAGGAUUAUUUAGCAAUGGGCAUCUUACAGAUUGUAAGCAAAUAUAUCACUUCAUGUCACCAGCAGGCAUUAGAGCCAUUAUUGAUCACAAAUUUAAUUUUUGUUGAUAAAAUCUACCUCUACCGCUGUAUAGUUUUUAAAAAGGUGGGCUGUGUUUGGAUUUAUGCUACUAUAAGUGUCAUUGAUCAAAUUAUCAAACACAACACGUUUAUUCAGUUUAGUUGAUGGUAUGUAAAAGAACAUUAUUAUAUUAUGCAUUAAAAAAUAAUCAUAUAUUCAUCAUCAUCAUCAUAUAUUGUAAAAAGGCCUUGAAAAGAUGGAGCUCUGGCUUCACCUGAAUAUUGAAGGGAACUCAGGACAUGCAGGCUAUGGUACUGUUUGUGGGUGUGAUAUCUACAUAUUUAUGCCAGGUUGUUUUGUUACAAGGGUAACAAUGGAAACAAGCCUUACUUUUAAUCUACAGCGAUUAAAUAAUCAGAUACAUGAAAUGAAAUAAAAG